UAAGAUACAUUGGUUUUAUAAAAACAUGAGUGAUGUUAGAUGUUAUACCAGUUCUUCUUAUAUGUUGUUUGGCUACAGUUCGUGUAAAAAUGGCUCAUAAAGUAUUGUGUUUAGUUUUAUUUACCGUUUGUUGGAUUAGCAGUCCUGAAGCCAGAUCAGUGUGUUCAAAGAAGAAGCUGGUAAUAGAUCACGAUGGUGGUGCUGAUGACGCCUUCGCUAUCACAAUCAGCUUGCUCAAUGAGAAAUAUUUCAAUGGACCAAAACUGGUUGCCUUGACAACGUCAUUUGGAAAUGUGAACCUCACACAAGCAAAUAUAAACAGUGAUCGGAUUCUGCGAGUCAGUGAGAGGCUAGAUAUACCAAUAUAUUCAGGUGCUAACAAGGCCUUUAUAGAAGAGAUGGGAUCAGAUCGCUAUUUUGGGCUGGACGGGUUAGGAGACACUGGUUACCACGCUCCAGGGCCAGUAGAUAUAGAAAAACAACCAGCAGCAGUUGCACUUAUAGAACUUUCCAAGAAAUAUAGAGGCGAACUAAUAGUAGUAGCUAUUGGUCCAGCUACUAACAUCGCUUUGGCUGUGAAACUGGACCCUCACUUCAUUCACCGACUGGCACAUUUAUACGUUGGUUCUGGCCAUAUCUACAGUGAAGCAUAUCCAAAAGCUGAAUUCAACGCUGCCAUGGACCCUGAAGCGUACCACAUAGUGGCAGACAGUGCUGUAGCUGAUAAAGUGACAGUUGUACCAUUCUCUCAAGUUAUAGAGACGUUAAAAAUUCCUAUUGAAUGGCGUAAAAACGUUUUGGGCAAAAUUGACACGCCAAUCAUGCGAGCUCUGAACGUGUAUGAACGAGUAGCUCUUCCCAAAGAAACAGCAUGGAACCUUCUGGACCCAGCCGUUGCAGCUAUAGCUCUUUACAAUGAAAUCGUUGACGAGUUUAAAGAUUCCAAUAACACUAUUAUUUUAGAAGGGGAAAAACGGGGUAUCACCACAAACAACUUCAAUUCAUCGGACCCUAACGUACGUCUGUUUUACAAAGGAAACGUUGAAAACUACCAGAAGUUCAUAUUAGACGUGUAUUCAGCCGAAUUAAAUCCGUAAUUUGAAAGAAAUAGGGUUGAAAAUACAAUGUAUAAAGUGAAAUCUGCAAGGUGUUGAGACUAGUGUUUUUAAGUUGAAAGUUGUGAUAUUUUUCAUUUAAAUUCUAUUAGAUAUUUUCCAAUUAUAUUAUUUAUACCAGGUAUUGAUUAAAAUCUAUUUUUCAACAAUGUAAAUAGUGUGCCAUAAGCUCGUUUGUUAUCUUGAUUGAAGUCGAGAUUUUCCUUUGAACGAUGUGACUUAAGUCGUGGAGAUAAAAAAAUAUAUACAUAUAUAUAAAAAAACUAUGUGACACAUACUGAAUUAACUAAAAGAAACGGUUUACUCACGUAAAUAUACUGAGAAAAGCUUUGUCGCUUUCGCACAUGCUACUCAUGAUGAAGAGUCCCUCUGUGACUUGAAACUAUAGCUUUUCUAAUUUACUUGUAAAUAUUAUGUAGUGGUAUAUUUAAUGUAAUCAACAAAUCAAAGAAAUUGAUUGCAAAUUUUCUUAAUAUUUUCGUGAGUAAACCAUUACUUUUAGUUAAAUUAUGUAUUAGAUAUAUGUGUUUACGCAAUAACUUAUAUAUUUAUUGAUGGAAUAGUUUUUGUACUUAUUGUACUGGAUCCCUAUCGGGGAGAUGGCGUGAUAUUUAUAAUAAAAUGAUAUUUCGAA